CAGGGAAAUAACUAUAUCUGCUGCCUCUUACCAUUAUUGGAAUAGAAGCUGAGAAGCAGAAGAGAUGUUGGAAACAAUUGAUACACAUCGGGCCCUCCAGGCCAUGGAGCGCUUACAGGCAAAACUUCGGGAUCGAGGUGACAUUGCAAACGAGGAGAAACUGAGCUUAUUAAAAUCAGUGCUGCAGAGUCCUCUCUUUAACCAAAUUCUCAACCUUCAGACUUCUGUUCAACAACUGAGAGAUCAGGUAAAUAUUACACCUUCCAUACAUUCCACUGGUGAAUUCCCUCAGCUUCUCCAUCAUGGUGUGAACAUGGGGUCCUUGCCACAUAAUGAGUCGUAUUUGUUGGCUCAGCAGAAUGGUAGCCCAGCUAAUGUGCUAGAAGCAUCGGUGAGAUCCAUUACUCCUCAGGUUAAUGGAAAGUCCUCUGGUGAUGACUUUGAGCAGCUGAUCAGAAAUAUGUCCCAGGGUCGUCUUGUUGAGACCAUUGAGCUUAUUAAACCUUUAAGUGGUGGUUUGGGCUUCAGUGUUGUGGGACUUAAGAGUGAAAACAGGGGAGAACUGGGAAUAUUUGUGCAGGAAAUCCAGGAGGGAAGUGUGGCACAUAGAGAUGGAAAGCUGAAGGAAGCAGAUCAAAUCCUUGCUAUUAACGGACAAGCCCUUGAUCAGACAAUCACACAUCAACAGGCUAUCAGCAUCCUACAGAAAGCAAAAGAUAAUGUCCAGCUAGUUGUGGCCAGGGGCACUUUCCCUCAGCUCAUCAGUCCUGUAGUUUCCCGGUCUCCAUCUGCUGCUAGCACAGUUUCAGCCCAUUCCAACCCGGUUCACUGGCAGCAUGUGGAGACCAUUGAGUUGGUGAACGAUGGCUCAGGUCUGGGAUUUGGGAUAGUGGGAGGAAAGUCAACUGGAGUGAUUGUUAAAACCAUCCUCCCAGGAGGGGUGGCUGAUCAGCAUGGGAGAUUAUGUAGUGGAGACCACAUAUUGAAAAUUGGUGAUACGGACCUGGCUGGAAUGAGCAGUGAGCAGGUGGCACAAGUUCUGAGGCAGUGUGGAAAUCGAGUGAAACUGGUAAUUGCAAGAGGUCCUAUUGAGGAACCGCCUCCACCAGCAGUCCCUCCAGGUACACCAGUACCCAUUUCCACACCAGAGAAACAAGCAGAUACUUCUGUUGAUAGCUGUGCAGAUGGGGAGAAAUUUAAUGUUGAACUCACUAAAAACAACCAGGGAUUAGGAAUAACUAUCGCUGGUUACAUUGGAGACAAAACGUCAGAACCUUCUGGUAUCUUUGUGAAAAGCAUUACAAAAGGCAGUGCUGUUGAACAUGAUGGCAGAAUCCAUGUAGGAGAUCAAAUUAUAGUUGUGGAUGGAACAAAUCUUCAGGGUUUUACUAACCAGCAAGCAGUUGACGUUUUGCGGCACACGGGACAAACAGUUCGGCUCACUUUGAUCAGAAGAGGGCUUAAGCAAGAAAAUCAUAUUCAGCCCCAGGAGGACUUCAGUGCUGCUGUUGAAAAGGACUUACUGUUCCAAACAAUGGAUAGCAACACAGCCAAAGAUGAUAGUGAAACAGAACGAGGAUCCCCAUCAUUGCCAUGCAGUGCCAGUGUGGUAAACAUUGGAGAGGACGUGAAACAACAGAAAACAGAUUUCCAGCUAACUACAACAGAAGGAGCAGCUACGAAGGCAAAGUGGCAGAGGAUUAUGGGUUCGAAUUAUGAAAUAGUGGUGGCUGUAGUUAACAAAUUUAGUGAAAGCAGUGGGUUAGGGAUAAGCCUUGAAGCUACAGUGGGACAUCAUUUCAUCAGAUCUAUCUUACCAGAGGGUCCAGUUGGACGAAGUGGGAAGCUGUUCAGUGGAGAUGAGCUGCUGGAAGUGAAUGAGAUCUCUUUGCUUGGAGAAAACCACAAGGAUGUGGUCAAUAUCUUGAAAGAACUGCCUAUUAAGGUGACAAUGGUGUGCUGUCGUCCGAUAGCUCCCUCCAUCACUCAUCCAGAAGUACUUGAGAGUCUGAGUCUGUCUGAGGUUCAGCUCACAGAAAAGGCUCACAUUGAACUUGGAUUCAUUAGCUCCUCAGACACAGAGGGAACAACUUUGGAAAUAGCUGACGAUGGUCAGAGUAUGGAAGAGGUGCAAAGCUCAUCUUUGGCGAUGUGGGAAACAGAAGUACAGCACAUUGAGCUGGAGAAAGGGAGUAUGGGACUUGGAUUUAGCAUAUUGGACUACCAG